GCGAGUGUGAAUGCGAGUGCGGGAGUUUCAAGACGCGCGCGAAGCUGCGGACUGUCGGAUCGGAAGUGGAGCGAACGGAAAAGCAAAUAAGGCGGCGCGUGUUGAGUGUUAAUAACACAAACGUUGUUUUCGAAAACAAACGGUGGUUUUUUCAAAUUACAUUUGAUUUCAUCAGUGGACCAGAGGGACGAUCGGGGUCACCUCUUUUGCAUGCCCGACAUCUGCACCACGGAUGCGAAAAAGAACUGGUGCGAUUUGGGCAACAGGUGGCGACGGGGGCAAAUGGAUCGUGUCGAUGGGCGGGAUUUGGCGAAAUUGUGUUGAUAGACUGACAUAGGCCCAUUAUUGUUAUUUGGCCAAAAAGGGGUCAGACAAUUGUGCGCGUGAGGAAAUUGAAUUGAAUUUGGCCACCGCCGGUCCGAAUCCAAAAUCAAAUUCGAAAUCGAAAUCUGUGUCGCAAAUGUGGCACUAAUAAAUUAUCGCACAUUCGCGGGCAGCACUCGCGAGUGCUUCAUUAAUUCAGAAAUCGCAAAUGAAGGAGAAUAUCUAGUUUUGCAGCGGCUGCGUUUGUUUAAUUUUGCCAGGAACGUGACCAAAUUUCCAAGUGCCGCGUGGAUCAGCCGGAAUAGUAAGUUAUAUAUCGCGGUAAACAACAGGGAGCCACGCUUCACGGCGCAGCACACAAACAAAAAGAACGCCAACUCCGUGGCCUAUAAAUAUCCGUCUUCCAAACAACUAAAUCCAAUUGCAGUCCAAUUAGCAGUGGAGCGCCAAUAAAGCGCCAGUGAAAGAAACAACACCGUCAGGAUACGAGGACGUAACCCAGGACGUAAGAGAACGUAAUUAACCAGACUGGAGAGGGCACGAACAGAACACAACACAACAAGGCAGAGGAUACUGUAGAGGGGGCAAUGCAAACUCAACAAAAAUGUUGCAUCUCCUCGAAGGAUCAACAUCUGCUGCCAAGGACACUGUCACACAAAGGGGCACCCUCCUCAUCAGUUUCGCGAACCAAUUCCGUUUGAAUUAAGCGCCACCAAAAGGAGCAGCGCAAUCUUAGACGACUCCCUUCCUCUCCCCGCGUAAUGUUUGCGCAUCCCUGUCCUGCUCCAGCUGGAAUCAACCACUCAGGACUGCUGCAUCACCCACUGCUCCUCCUCCUGCUCCACAUCCUGCUCGCUUUUAGCCAUUUCCGGCCGACUCAUGGAGAGGUCUUCACGCUGGGCUACCUCACGGCCUCGCAACGGAGCCCGGGAAAUCUGGACUACAACCGACCCGGUCUCACCAUCUCCGGCGCCAUUUCGCUGGCGGUGGAGGAGGUGAAUGCGGGACGACUCCGGGAUCGCGGCCACUCGCUGGAGUUCGUCGUGGCCGAAACGUAUGGCGAGGAGGUGGUCAGCAUUCGGCAAACGGCGGCACUGUGGACGCAGCAGGUGGCCGCCUACAUUGGCCCCCAGGAAACUUGCGUUCACGAAGGUCGCAUGGCGGCCGCCUUCAACCUGCCCAUGAUAUCCUAUUACUGCACCCAUCGGGAUCCCUCGAACAAGGCUGAUUUCCCCACCUUUGCCAGGACGCGACCGCCGGAUACACAGAUCUCCAAGUCCGUGGUGGCCCUUCUUCUGGCAUUCAACUGGACGCAAGUUAGCUUUUUGUACUUGGACGAUUUGAGUGGGCAGUACCAGCCCGUGGCGGAGACCAUCCUGAGCACGCUGAGUGAGGCCGGAGUGAGCAUUCGGGACAUUCGCACCUGGAACACCAUCUACCAUCACGGAUUCAUGGACAAUCCCUUCGAGGCGCUGGUGGAGCAGACCUAUGCCAACACGAGGAUCUACCUCAUCCUGGGUCACUACUAUGAGCACGUUGGUCUGCUGGUUAGCCUCCAAAAAAGGGGGCUAUUAUCCAAAGGCGACUAUUUCGUAGUAGGCAUCGAUAUCGAGCAGUAUGAUCCGGCGAAACCGGAAAAGUAUCUACGUGGACUGCUUCUGGAGGAUGUGGAACCGCUGGCCGUGCAGGCCUUUCAGUCCUAUCUGGCCAUUGUGCCCACUGCCUCCGUCUCCUUUGCCACGUUCGCCAAUGAGGUCAACAAAUAUAUGGAGCGACCGCCAUUCAAUUUCCCCAAUCCAGUGGGUCGUUUCGGUGGGGCCAAGCAGAUAAGCGCCGAGGCUGCCUAUCUCUAUGAUGCCGUGCAUCUGUAUGCCAAAGCCCUGAUGGAAGUCCAGGAUUCGGGUGGGAGGCCCAGGAACGGCAGCGCCAUUGUGGCGGCCAUCAAGGGCUCGCGAUAUCGCAGCGCCAUGGGCUAUCACGUCUAUAUCGAUGAGAAUGGCGAUGCCGCUGGAAAUUAUACAGUAUUAGCCAGGGGAACUGUGCGGAAUGGUCGCAAUCAGACCGUAUUGGGACUGCGACCCGUGGGAACCUUCAUUCACCGGAACAGCAGCUUCAGUAGCAUCAGCAAGGCACUGCCCCACCAGGAUCUCAAACUAUUCAGCCCCAUUGACUGGGUGGGUGGUUCGCGACCAGCAGCUGCUCCUCGUUGCGGCUUUGGUGGCGAGAAGUGCGUCAAUUACACUGGCGAAAUUUCCGCUGCCAUUGCUGGAGGUGUUCUGCUCCUGCUGAGCUUGGUUUCCCUGGUCCUCUAUCGGAACUGGCGGUAUGAACAGGAACUGGAUAGCCUCCUCUGGAAGAUUGACUUUCGCGAGGUGCAAAUUCACGAGAACGAGCGGGAGCAGCAAAGUCAGAAGCAGACGCGCUCCACCCAUCCGCUGAUCCGCACCAGCCAGGUGAGCCUGAGCUCCAAUCCCGAUGCAGACUUUCGCUACACGACCAUUUUCACGCCGAUUGGACUUUACAAGGGUCAGCUUUAUGCCAUCAAGAAGGUGCGCAAGAAGAGUGUCGACAUUACGCGGGAGAUGAAGAAGGAACUCAAGCUGCUGCGAGAUGCCCGACACGACAACAUAUGCGCCUUUAUCGGCGCCUGCACGGAUCCGCCCAACAUCUGCAUCAUAAGCGAGUACUGCACCCGGGGCAGCCUUAAGGACAUUCUGGAAAACGAGGACGUCAAGCUGGACAACAUGUUCAUUGCCUCCAUGGUGGCGGACAUUAUACGCGGCGUCAUCUAUUUGCACGACUCGCCCAUUCGCUUCCACGGCGCUCUGUGCACUUCCAACUGCCUGGUGGACUCGCGAUGGGUGGUCAAGCUGACGGACUUUGGCCUGUUCGCCUUCAAACAGGGCAUCGAAGACAGCACCACGGAUAUGCAGCACAUGUCGGCCAAGUGCCUGAAACUGCUUUACCGAGCUCCGGAGUUGCUGAGGCAGGGUCCAUCCUCUCUGGUCAUGGGCACCCAGCGUGGAGAUGCCUACUCCUUCGGCAUCCUGCUCUACGAAAUGCAUGUGCGUCGAGGACCCUUUGGGGAGACAGGUCUGACACCCAUGCAGUGCCUGCAGAAGGUUCUCCAGCCCCAGGACCAACUGAACCCGUACAGACCCUCUCUGCAACCCCUGGAAACCGCCUUCGACUGUGUCAGCGAGUGCUUAAGGGAAUGCUGGGCGGAGCGACCUGAGGAUCGACCGGACUUCAAAACCAUUCGGACCAAACUGAGACCACUGCGCAAGGGAAUGCGGCCUAACAUUUUCGACAACAUGAUGGCCAUGAUGGAGAAGUAUGCCAACAACCUGGAGGCCCUUGUAGACGAUCGCACGGAUCAGUUGCAGGAGGAGAAGAAAAAGACGGAUGCCCUGCUGCACGAGAUGUUGCCACGUUGUGUGGCGGAUCAGUUGAAAAAGGGUCAUAAAGUAGAUCCCGAGCACUAUGAACAGGUCAGCAUCUACUUCAGUGACAUCGUGGGAUUCACGGCCAUGUCCGCCGAGUGCACUCCGUUGCAGGUGGUGGAUUUCCUUAAUGAAUUGUACACCUGCUUUGACUCAAUUAUCGGACACUACGAUGUUUACAAAGUGGAGACAAUUGGAGAUGCGUAUAUGGUGGUAUCGGGACUUCCAUUGCGCAAUGGCGAUCUUCAUGCGGCGGAAAUAGCCACCAUGUCGCUGCAUCUCCUCAGCGCCGUUUCCGAGUUCAAGAUUCGCCAUCGCCCCACCAACCGCCUGCUCCUGCGAAUAGGAAUCCAUUCGGGACCCGUUUGUGCCGGAGUCGUGGGACUAAAGAUGCCCCGGUAUUGUCUCUUCGGGGACACCGUUAAUACGGCUUCCCGCAUGGAGUCUAGUGGCGUGCCCCUGAAGAUCCACUGCAGCUGGCAGUGCCGACAGCUGCUGGAGCGACUGGGUGGCUAUCACUUCCAGGAGCGAGGAGUCAUCUCCAUGAAGGGCAAGGGCGACCAGCGCACCUACUGGCUGCUGGGAGAAGAUGAGGAGGCACGCACCCGACGCACCUAUGAGAGAUCCCAGAGAAGGGGAUCGAGGGCGCUCAACAAGUUCAUCCAGGGCACCAUCAAGCAGGCCCAGGAGCAGGCCAAUGAGUAUGGGAUACGCUCCUCGCUCAAGCAAAAAAAUCUGCCACGCAACUCGCUCACCCGCUCCUCCAGUCUAGAAUCGCCCAAGAAACUGCGAUUUGCCGCUGGUAGUCUCCUGGAGCAUCAUCGGUAUCACAGUGAUGAAGCUCUGCUCGAGGUGGACUCCUACACGGGAUUACGUCGUUCAUCAGGGGGCUCCACUCAAUCGCGUUACGAGGAGACGACCCUUUCGCUGACCCUCUCCUGCCAAAGUAUUGAAGUUCUGGGUGGCCAACAUGGCAAAAGGCGACCCUCCUCAUAUCCCACUGCCAAUACGCCGCUGCUAAUGAACCAUGUGGAGGUUUAAAGGCGCAGGCCCAGUACUUAUUUCAACCCGACUACAGGGAUCUUAGUGGAAUUUGUGUUCAGUAUGUUUAGCCAAGUAUUUGUAUCGCUUUUAGUGUCGGACGCAGAUCCACUAUCCAUGAGGUCUGUAAUGUAAUUGUGGUAACUGUAGCAUCAGCAUAUUGUGAGAGUGAUUAUAAAUCUAGUCGUUGUUUAAACACAUUCAUGCGCUAAUCUAAAUCAAAUUAAAAUAGUCAAUAAUCUAAACUAAACGAUAUGAAUAAAGAGUAAUAAAUCAAAUGCUUA